GGGAGGGAGGCUACGACAGGCAGGCUUCGGGACUUCGCUUAAUGUACAGUGUCUUUUUCCAACUUUUCAAUGUUUUUUUUAAUGAAGAUCAAUAACAGUGUUUUAACGACUUGCGUUCCUUCGAUUCUACAUUUUUUCUACAUGUUCAGUAUCUUCAGUAAAUUACUGGAGUUUAGCGUAUAUAUAUUUUGUCGGCAACCGCGGGAAGUAUUUCGUUUCAGAAUUGUUAUACAUUUCAGACGUGGUACGCGGGAAAAGAGACAACUUUUUUGGAAGGUGGCAGGAAGCAAACUGGUUUUAGAUGCGUAACAACUUAAGCGGUCGAUAGACAUGUGAAUGCGUCGGCUGCAGAAAUGACACGUGAUUUCUACUGCUAAUUAAUUAACUAGUUAUAACAUGCUAUGUAAAUAAUUUCAACGGUUCCAUUGGAUUAGCUAGUUAAACAUGUCAAAAGUCCGGAAUGCUCCGUUGUCAACUGUGGCAUUUUUGUCGAGAUUUAGUCGCUACAGAGUUUAUGAAAGUUACUAUAGCAUUUCCGUCGUUAACUGUAUGGUCGACUGUCAUCUUGGAAUCAGUCUUUAUCAACAUCAAUUUGACUUUGUUCAUCUCGGUUUCUGAAGUUCAACAAACCUUGCCAUUCGUUUGAAACCUAUAGGGAUACAGUGCGGUGGGGAUAGCCUACAUUCACACAUCCAGCGUAAAGAAUAGUAGGGGGAAUUGCUUUAGAGAUACUUGUUGCAUCUGGAGGCCGUCAGCGAGAUUUUACCAUUUUUUUCCUUGCUCUGGAAAUGUGACAUGGAAUACCGGUAAAUUGGAUACAUUUUUAAAACCAGACGUUACUGUAGCAUGUUUAUAGUGGGUUGGUCACAUAAUUAAUUAUCAACAUUGUUGCAAAAGGUUUUUUGAAAUAUUGCCAUUGGUGGAAUAUUACAAGAGCCGGUGUUUUGGAAGUGUCCGGACUGAACCGACUGACAACUUCAACCUGCACGUUGAAAAUGAGAACUGGGCUACUGUUUAUCUCCUGUAAGGACUGGAGCUCGUGUUGUAUGUGAAGAGUGAAAUCAAUAACUUUUUUCAACUGGAACAAACUUUUAAAGCGGGGUAAGAAUUAACCAGAAAUCCACAAGACAUGCAUCCACAAAGACAACAUGGCAGUCAGUGAGCCUUAAAACGUUGGAUUUAACCCUGUUUUUCGAAUAGUUUUCACGGGUUUGUACAUUUUAGAACCCACAAAGAGGAGGACCGUUGCUGGGCCAUAUAUUUAUUGUCCUGAAUCAACUCCGGUUGUUGCCAGCUUUGAAGUCCACGAUGUGCGGCCGGAGCCCGCCGCUGCAGCCGAUCCAAUGACCGUUCCCCAGCGGCGAUUGGCCGGGCUCUGGCCGUGGCUGCUCAUAGCGGCCCUGCAGGUGGUGUUCGGCCAGACGGGCCUGGAGCUGGCGGCGGCCGUAGAAACGGAGCGCUCGGCCCCCAGGGCUGUCAUCAAGGUGACACUGCUAAGACACGAGCCCACGGGGAAGCCCAUCACUCUGGAAGGGCUGUUCGUCGGAGGGAGCGCCGGCUAUGCAGAGGGGAAGCUCAUGCAGUCUCACCCUCUGUCCCUGUGCAACACCAGUGAAGAUGAGCGCCAGGAGUCUGACUUCAUCAGCAUCGUCAAGCUGGAGAGCCCGGAGCGCAAGGUGCCUCAGUGUCUGCCCCUGCUCAAGAAGGCUCGCCUGGCACUGGAGAGAGGUGCUCAGGCUGUCAUCUUCGAUGUCACCGACGACAAAGACGCUGCUCUCGAGCUGCAUGAGUCUGACUCCCUGCCGCUUCCGGUGGUGCUGGUGAAGGCUAAGGAUGCUGAGGAGCUGAUGGGACUGGUUAACAAGAACGAGGAGGCUAGAGUCCGCAUCGACAUCAAAAAAGAGGACCCAAAAUGGCCCCACUAUGAUGUUGGUAUCUUGCUCACUAUAGUCCUGGCUAUUCUGGCCAUCGUUCUGAUCUUUGCCUUCCGGUACCGAUGCAAGUCCAACAGAACCUGGGACUCAGUCCAUCAGCAGACCAUGCGAGCCAUCAGUCGUCUGGAGACGCGAAUGUACAGCUCUCAGGGCUGCGGGGGCUCACAGCGCCACCGUGGGGGCUGGGGGUCUAAUAGCAGUUCCAACUCCAGCCCCGUCUGUGCCAUCUGUCUGGAGGAGUUCCUGGAUGGACAGGACCUGAGGAUCAUCUCGUGUGCUCAUGAGUUCCAUAAGGAGUGUGUGGACCCCUGGUUGCUGCAGCACCGCACCUGUCCUCUCUGCAUGCACAACAUCAUGGGUACAGAGCUGUCACGUCAGCCCCAGAGGAGCAGACUGCAGCAGACCCCCGAGCACAGCCAGGGUUUCCUGCACCCCCACCCCUACCCACACGCCUUCCCCCAGCAUCCCAUCCCCUUCUCCAUGAGGCCUCACUACCCCCGUGGCCCCUCCGGCCCCUACCCCUCCCUGAGCCACUACAGCAGCUCCCCACCCCUGGACCCCCAGACGCUCCGCUUCCUCCCUAGCUGGCCUCUUGGCUCCGGCUGUGGAUACAUCCACCCUACAGAGGGCCCCGGGAGGCCUCACAAGGCCGGGAGCAGCUGCAGGACAGCAGGUCACCCUCUGGGGUCCCACUACGGCCCCAGGUCCCACCGCUCCUGCCACGCCUACCGCUCCGGCUGCCCUGCCCAGCGCAGCAACUCCAGUUCCAGGCUCCACCACACCCCCUCCUUUGCUCCCCGCACCUCCGAAGGGGGAGCCCAUAGCCGGGGGGCCGAGGGAGGCAGCUGCUCUGGGGGGAGCUACCGGACGGAGCGCAGUGGCUACCUGGCAGACGGGCCGGCCAGUGACUCCAGCUCUGGCCCCUGUCACGGUUCAUCCAGUGACUCGGUGCUCAACUGUACCGACGUGUCCCUGCAGGGUGUGUAUGGUAGCUGGUCCACGUUCCGCAGCUCCCUGAGCAGUGACUAUGAUCCGUUUGUGUACUACGGGCCGGGUUUGGGACGGACAGGCCGCAGGGACAGCAUGGAGGCAGGGGCCCAGAGACCAAGGUCCCUGGACUCAGUGAUGAACAGAGACAGAGGACGAGGGAGCCCUGAGGAGCAGCCGCAGGCUGUGUUUAGCCACGUCCACUACCACCGCCACAGACACCACCACUACGGAGAGGACGGGGAGCGGGAGCGGGAGCACGCCCAGGGACAGGGGCCAGGCAGGGGGUCAGACGAGGAGCAGGGGGCUGCUGUUGCUAUUGGCUCUGAUACUGGUUCUCCCCCGGCUCUGGACAAGGACUUCCCAGUGUGCCCUCUGAAGCACAGCCCCUGUCAGUGCCCUAAGGCAGAACACACAGACAGUACAGAGGUCCACGGCCACGGAAUAGAGGGUCAGGACCAUGAGCUUAGCCUCAGCCCCCCGUCAGGCCCCCCUCCUGCCCUGGUAGCACCAGCACCCUUAGCAGCCCCAGCCCCCUGCUGCCACCAGGACCACGGCCGUGGAGGCCACCCCCACCGGAGGGCAGACCGGCUCGGCGGCUGCGUCCUCGACGGCCCCUCGGUGCUCUUCCACCAGAGCCUGGAACUGCAGGAUGACUGUAGCAUCCACAUUCACUACGGCCAGGGCCCCAGCUACUGCUGCCCCCCGCCUGACCUGCCCAUGCCUGUGCCUUUCAUUCUGGACUCUGGGGGUAUGGGGGCCCUAGGGGGCCUAGAGGACUGGUCCUGCUGUGGAGGGCCCCACCAUGUAGUGUGGCAGAAGCGGGUGCAGCAGGCCCACUCUGAGCCCCAGUUGCUGGGGCCAGGACUGGGGGGCCCUAUGGACAGACCCCCGCCCCCAUGCAGCAGGCGUCACCACGGUCACCACAGCCCAGCGCACGACCGCAACACAGACUUUUGUUUAUACUGCCAAACAUUACACAACAAUCAGGGAUCAGAGGAGGAGUCCGGUGUGUGAUAACUAACUAACUCGAGAGGUGCAUCCCCAAACUCAUGCUGCUACGUACACAGGUGCCGGAAUGGACAAACACGUCAUCGGCGGCCAUCUUUCUCAAGUCUUCAAAAUAAUUCCACA